UUUAUUAAACAACCUGAUGGAUCCCAAGUUCCUUCUGAAAUUGCCAGCAACCAAAGAUUUUACCCAUAUUUUAAGGUGAACAGAGUUAUAAUUUUACUCAAACUUUAGCAAUGUCAAGAUUGUUUGCAUGUUCAUUGAUUAUUAUAAUAUCAGGAUUGUAUUGGUGCAAUUGAUGGAACACACGUACGUGUUAAAGUUUCACAAAGUGAAGCACCAAAAUACCGUGGGAGGAAAGAUUAUCCAACACAGAAUGUAUUAGCUGCAUGCUCAUUCGAUUUAAAAUUCACCUAUGUGUUAGCUGGGUGGGAAGGUACAACAUCUGAUUCAAGAAUUAUGAAAGAAGCACUAAAUAGACAAGACCCAUUAAAAAUUCCAGAAGGAAAAUACUACCUUGUUGAUGCUGGACUCAUGUUAAGAAGUGGGCUUAUUACACCUUAUCGGGGGGAGCGAUAUCACUUGAAAGAGUAUUCAAGAAAUCCACCUCGAAAUGCUCGUGAAUUAUUUAAUUUGCGACACGCUUCUUUGCGUAAUGCUAUCGAACGAGCAUUUGGAGUUCUUAAAAAGAGAUUUCCUAUAAUUUCUAGUUCAACGGAAUCCUCAUAUGGUAUUGACACCCAAAAGCUUAUUAUCUUUGCAUGUUGUAUUUUGCACAACUACUUAAGAGGUGUAGAUCCAAAUGAUGAGUUACUUGCUCAAGUUGAUGUGGAGCUUAUGAAUGAUAAUGAUGUGCAUGAAGAACUUCCAAAUCAUCCUAGGGAGAGCACUGAGGAAUAUAGAAGAGGGGAAUUGAUUCGAGAUAACAUAGCAGCUGCUAUGUGGAUUAAUUACCAAGAUUAAUUUUAUUAGAUAAAAAUUCAAAUGAACUUUUGUGUCACUAUUAUUCAUUUGAUAUCAUUUGAAUGUAAUUUUGUGAUGCUAUUAUUUGAUUUAUAAACAUUUUGUGUCGUGCAUUUUACUUUAUCUUAUAACACUUAUCAAUAACUAUGUGUGAUGAUGUUUUCUUUAAUUAUGUUUUAUGAAAAUUUAUCUUAAUUCUGUAGUUGUCAACAUGUCGAAAAAGUCAAAGGCAUCCACCUCAAGCGAUACAAAUGUUUCAGAUAACUCUUUAUGUGUUUGGUCAAAUGCUAUGGAUGACACAUUAAUUGAUGCAUUCUGUAACGAGCAAGCAUGUGGGAAUAGAAUUGGUGGAACUUUCACUACACACGCACUAGACAACAUAUUGAAGGAGCUACGAUCAAAAUUUCCUGAUAAAUUUAUUAACAAGGAGAAAAUUCACAACCGAAUGAGAGUAAUUAAAACUAAAUUUGCCAAAUGCUAUGACACAUUUCAAAUGGGGAUGAGCGGGUUUUCAUGGGAUCCCAUAACAAAUAUGUGGGAUGCUGAACCUGAAGUAUGGGACCAGUUAAUUCAGGCUAAGCCUGCAGCUGCUGAGCUGAGGACCAUGUCAAUUAGAAAUUAUGAUAAGCUAAUAAUACUGUAUGGAAAGGAUCGAGCUACUGGAAAGCAUGCUGAGACUGGACCAGAUAUGUUAAAAAGAGGUGCUCGUAAAAAUUUGAAAAGAUCAAGUACUAGUUCGUUGACUAUUGAUGAGGUAGAUGAGAUGAUUUCAGUGAAUGCUGCCUCGUUGGAAAACACCGAGGAACAUGGACAGGAUAAGCAGAAUCAACCAACUAAUGGUGAACCUACAUCGAGUAGCUAUCUAGACACACUGACUCCUACCAGAAAUAAAAAGUCUAAACAUGAUCAUCUUGACGGAAUGGCUGACAUGUUGAGAGGUGGGAUGGACAAUUUGGCUAAUGCAAUUAACCGACUUUCAACUAUGCCUCCUAUUCCUGCGAACGAGAUAUGGCAAAUGGUAAAGGAGAUGAAUUUGGAACGUCAUCUGAGCAAUAAGGCUUAUAUAGUUCUUUGUAAAAACGCAGAUAUGUGCCGCACACUGAUGGGAUGUCCACAGGAAGACCGCAAGAUUCUUUUAUUGACCAUGAUGUCACCCGAAGAUUAAGUUUAGAAUAAUCUUAUUUAAAUUUUAAGUAUUUAUGAUUUUGUAGACCGCAUGAAUACUUCGUUAUUGACAAUUAUUUUGUUAUGCAUUUUAAGCUAUGG